GUACACGCUGCACGUACAAAUGUAGGGUACAGUGUAGGGUGUCGUCAUAUAAUGCUGUACUUGAUGCUCUUUAACUAAACUACACAAAGGUUAAACAUAACGCAUGUAGCGUCAUGGAUUGUGGCAUGCAUUCUUCCAUCCAUUGCUCUGUGUGCUUAGACAGAAAUAAUCGAUUACCUACACUAUAUUUUGGCGAUCGUAGAGGCGGAGAAUAGGUGAUAGGCGACAACAACAUCCUCCUCUCAGUCAUUCCUCUGUAGUAUCAUUCCACUGGUUCUUGGUGUCUACUUUGUGUCUGCAGGGCAGAAUGAACUGCCCACCUUGGCCUAAGGGAAAGAAAUUGGUUCACCUGGAUUUAAAAGGUGCCCCUCCAAGAGUAGAAUACCUUCACAAGCUGAUCGAUUUGCUCUCCCAGCUGGGAGCCGAUGGCCUGCUGGUGGAGUAUGAGGACAUGUUUCCUUAUGAGGGGGAGCUGAAGCUGCUGCAGGCCACAGUGCAGCCGGCUUACAGCAAGGAGGAGAUAUUAUCCAUACAGGAAGUUGCCAAAUGUAAAGGCAUGGAGGUCAUCCCACUCGUGCAGACUUUUGGCCACAUGGAGUUCGUGUUGAAGCACCGACCCAUGUGGAGCCUGAGGGAGUUGGCUCACUGUGUCGGCACCUUGAAUCCCCACAAAGAGGAGGGGGUGAGGCUGGUGAUAGAGAUGCUGAGGCAGGUGGUGGAGCUGCAUCCAGGUCUAAACACGCUGCACAUAGGAGCAGAUGAGGUGUACAUGUUGGGUGAGGGUGAGGAGUCCAAACAGUGGUUGGCUUCACCUGGACGCACAGUGGAGCAACUUUUCCUGAGUCAUGUGACCAAGGUGGCCAAGGCUAUAAAGGAUACAUGGCCUCAUAUGACUGUCAUAAUGUGGGAUGAUAUGAUGAGAGGCAUGAGCCAGGACACGCUGAAAGCUAGUGGUCUGGUAGGACUCGUCCAACCUAUGCUGUGGGACUACACACCUAAUCUGGAGGUGGACAAAACUGUGUCUCUGCUGGAGAAAUACUGCAGUGCCGGUAUGUCAGACCUGUGGGCAGCCAGCUCUUUCAAAGGUUCCACUAGUGUUUACACCAACAUAACCAGUACACAGAGACACUUAGAGAACCAUUUGCAGUGGCUGAACGUGGCAGCUUCUUUAUCUGCUGGCAUUAACCUGAAGGGCAUCGCCAUCACAGGCUGGCAAAGGUAUGACCACCUGUCAGUACUGUGUGAGCUGAUACCCGUGGCUCUUCCAUCACUGGCAGCCUGUCUCCAAACUCUCAUCCAUGGCCAGUUAAGUGCUGAGGCUCAAAGCAAAGUGACAGAGACGCUGGGUGUCUCCUCUAUGGAGGUAGAGGAAAUGGGAAGCGCUGCUGAUGGUACCUUGCUGUUCCCAGGAAGAAGGCUGGCUGAGUUAAUUGUGGAGCUUAAUUCACUCCUUAACUCAGAUGACAUAAGAUUUUUUGAAAACAACAUGUUUGUAAGAGGAUGGUUCAGCCCCUACCAAAGACAGAGGAAGAUGGUAACCCCUCUCAUCACCAUGCAGAUUCACAGUGAAGCAUCAAUGUAUUUGACAAUGUUGCAACAGAAGGGGGAGGAAGUGAGAGGAGAGAUGUAACUUUACCCAGAUUCAACAGCCCAGGAGUGGAUAGAAGAGCAUGUUAGCCCUGUAAUGGCUCCUCUGCAGAGGAUUAUAGAUGAAAUUGCAGCCUGUGUGAAGGAGAUGGUGCCAUAGAAAAGUUUGCCAGAUCAAGAAUCUAAGUGCUUUUUUGAUGACUUUCUGAAAACACUGAUGUUUUAAUGUGAAAUUGUGUGAUUUCAAUAAGCUAACGAAUGUAUGUACUAAUUGUAGCAAAGAAAGGAAGAUGAGUUGAGUUGGGGUUUACAUACAAAACUGUUUUAUAUGAUUCCUGCAAAUGUAUCAAAGUAAACAAAAAUAAUUAAAUCCAACAGUUAACCAAAAAAAAA